AUGUUUUCUAAACGUUAUCUAACAGUUGCUUCAACAUCUGUUAGAGGUUUGCAUAGUGUGGAACAUGGUGAUAAAACCUUUAUAGUCAAACUUAAUGAAAGAACAUGCACAUGCUGCAGAUUUCAAUUGGAUGAAAUGCCAUGUCCACAUGCUGUUGCUAUACUAAACAAACUUCACCAAGAACCAUAUCAAUACUGCUCAAACUUUUUCAGUAAAGAAAAUAUGCUUGCCACAUAUGAAGGAAUUGUCUAUCCAAUGCCUAGCCAAAAUAAUUGGGAUUUACCAGCCAAUGUUGAAAGUAUGGAAGUUCUUCCACCAAUAGGAAAAAUUCCAGCGGGAAGACCAAAGAAAAGAAGAAUACCGGGACCAACUGAAACAAAGAAGAAAAAUCAGUGUGGAAGAUGUAAAGAAAAAGGACAUAACAAGAAGACAUGUAGAAAUAUACCAAAAUCAUAA